AUGCCACAGCUUCAUGUAAGUCACUGCAACAGACAAGAAGCACUUUUCUCAAAGAUGACCAAGUUAGGCACUCUAACCAUGCCAUCUUGAAGUUAGAUGGACCUCACGCCGUCAAAUCUGUAGGGUUUUGGGCGCUGCUUCACCAAAUGGCUCUCCUGAGGCCCCUCUAGAUGCCUAUAACACAAACUCCAAAAACCCUAUUCCACCACCCCUUGUAACCCUAACCCUAAGGGCAUCAAAGUGCCACAGGAAGAGGAGGAGGAGGAAGAAGAGGACUCUGAGGAAGAAGAGCUAAGUCCAAGGCCAAACAGAGUCACCCAGGAGCCACUGCCAUCUCCCAAGAGCAAGGACAACAAAGCAGUAGAGGGAGCGGGUGAUGAGCUGGAUGACCUAGAUGAUCUGGGUGAUGAGACAAGCUCUGGUGGUGCUUCUGAGUGGAUGCCAACAGAAGACAUCAGCCACCAGCAGCCAGACACUCCAGGCGCACUGACAAGGAAGAGAAGGUCAGGUGGUGUCCUGGAAGGCUUUGAUCCCAAGAAGAGCAAGGUAGGGGCAGGACAAAGUAUGAUGGAGCCUGAGGUGGUUGAUGCAAGGUCAGUUGUCCAUCCCAUCCAUGCCUCUAUCCUCCUCCCAAACCCUGGAUGGGAAGGGAUGAAGAUACAAAAGCCCAUCCUGCCUGGCAUCAUAUACACCAAGGGCAUCAAGGAUGGUCACAACAGUCUCUAUGUGGCCAUGGCAAUGUACCUGUUCCAGGACCAGAACCGGGCUUUGGAGGUAAAGAACAGGGCUAGCAAGUACUUCAAAGAGAACCCUGACUUGUUUCUUGAAGUCAGUCAUCCCCUCGGCAGUGAUUCUAGGAUCAAGCAUCUUGUGGCUACCUUUCAUGGCACUGCAGCUAAGGACAAGAUCAUGAUGGAGGCUGUAGCAGGUCACUUCAAGCAGUCCAUCAUGGUAAUCAGCAAGGUGGAGGACAAGUGGCAAGGCAUUGUUCUGCCUGCUGGAGGCAAAGGUCCUUAUGCAGGCCUAAUCUACAUCCCAGAGAGGAGGCAAUUUGAGCUGGCAUUCCCUGCUGCUUGA